CAAGAAUUUGGUGAUGAAUCACGAAGCGGCGAAUGGAUUCCGGCGUAGCUUUCCGGCGAAUUUUCUUCCCGGGCGAACUCCGUCGUUUCUCCCUGGAUGCCUGGUUCGGCGGAAGGAGCUAAGAGGAUGAUGAAUUUUACGGAGCAGCGUAAGGGGUUCAUCUGGACUGAAGAGUGUCAGCGGUCCAUCGAAGGGUUGAAGGCGUAUCUCCUCUCACCACUGGUGCUUUUGAAGCCGGAGCAUGGGGAGACUUUGUACCUAUAUUUGGGAAUCUCUCCUCAGGCUGUGAGCUCAGUGCUGGUGAGAGAAGAGGAGGGCACGCAGAGACCUGUGUACUAUGUGGCCCAAAGCCCAAUCGGAGCCCUCACCCGGAGUCCCAACGCCCCGUCGCAAGAGAAUUUGAAGCGAAAGAUGAACGAAGGAAGAAAUAAGGGACGCCGUACUAGAGCUACUCAAGGCAUUCGGAGCAUACCGGAUGUAGCAGGUCCCCGGGAGGAAAACGCUGAGGCAGACAUCCUCUCAAAACCUGGCCCAGAUUCCCUGGAACAUAUUAAGGCAAUGACGCAAGAAAAGGAAUUAUUUGUACCAAGCAUCAGCCCCGGACAACUCUUAGUCAUCACAGCCAAGGAGCCAGAUUGGAUUGAUGAGUUGACCAUCUAUAUCCUUGAGGGGUUAGUACCAACGGACCCCGUCACGGCUAGGGUCGUUAAGCGAUGUGCACCUAGCUGCACGCUGGAUUGCGGAAGGCUGUACAAGUGAUCAUACAAUGGUCUCUUGCUUUUUUUCCGUUAGCUAAUUGACGGAAGUCACGGAACUGCUGUCCACCACACACUACCUCCUCCACCGCCCUAACUUCUCCUCUUAUCUCAUCUAUAUUUAUUCCAAAAUCUAAACUCCAUGUCAAAUUCUCAGUUCUCACCUCUCCCUGCCGUUUUGCCGACGAUGUAAAUUCAUGGCUCAUUGGACUACACUUUUUUCUUUUGUUUCUAUAUCGGUAUUUUAGAGAUCUUCAACAGUGAAGUAUCUAAAAAUUUGGCUUCCUUCAAUAGCGAGCUUUUUGGAAUUUUUCGCUUAUUCUGUGUCAUCUUCGACCUCCGGGAUAUAUACCAACCAUUACAACCAAGGAUCUUGUACUUCAAUGACACUGUUAUGGCACUCUUAAAUAAGAGGCUCUUCAAGUCAUUUUUUUCUGGCCUAACAACUUUAACUUUUAAAAUAUGUAUGUGGUCUGGGAAACAUAUCUCUUAUCAACAAAUUAUAUCCAAAUUUGAAACCCAAUCUCACAGUGAUUACCAAUGCAGGUGAAAAAAAUACUUUUAGAAGUAAUAAAAUGUCUGGAAUGCUCCUCUUCUAUCUAAACAUGGAGGCCUGUCGUACUAAGCAAGUCUUUUGGGCAAGAAUAAGUAAGAAAAACCAUUAAAUAAUUUCCUAAGGUAUCCUUUUAGGAGUUUUUUGCUUAAGCAUUUGACUAAAAGCUUCAUAUCACUUUGACAAUGUGGGACACUUUCGCAUCAGUCCAAGGCUGCGAAAUUGAGAAGUGCAAGUAAUCACUUCAAUUUUUGUAAAUCAAUCCCUAUGUUAGAACUCUUAAGUUAGCCAAAUAUCAUAAAUGAAGUGUAGGUGA